AUGAUUGGAGGUGUAGACGAAAACGAAAAGGGAAUCGGUGCAGUCUACGAUCUUCCAGCUGUUCUUCGAAGCAUUCUGAAACAAGAAUCACGAGAUAGUCUCACUCAUCUGGAUCUGAGCCCAGAAGCAACAGUAUUUCGCAAUCAGGGGCAUACGGAGCAUUUUGCUGAUGGAUGGGCAAGAGAGAUCGGUCAAAUGCUACCUUCCUUGAAGAGUCUAUCCCUCCGCCAUCGUAUUACGACUUCUAAAGAUUUCCAGGACAUCUGUUCAUUCUUUCCUAAUCUUGAAAACCUUGAUCUGGCUUAUACUGCCAUCGAAAGUUUGACUGGUAUUUCCCAGUUGACAAAGCUCAGAACCUUGAGAAUUGGAGGCUUGCAAUUUGAGAAGUCUCGUUGCCUUUUGGAUAUUUUCGACAUCGAGAAUCUUGAAAAUCUUAGUUUCGCUAAAACGAGCGUUUUUGGCGAUUCAGUCGGAACUAUCGAAACGUACUUACGCUCGCGACGUCCUUUCCCAAAUUUGAGGCAUUUGGAUCUUUGUUAUUCUUCCGUCGAAGACGAAGCUAUUCGAAAACUAGUAGAAGCGCAUCCGACACUGGAAUCUCUAUCUAUUACCGCCUCUGUUUCACUUCAGUACCCAGGACUCUCAGUUUUCCAUCCAGCAACUCUCCAAGCCGCCACAGAAGCGUUGAAAUUCUACUCUGCUGAAAAUAACGCGCCGAUGGUUGGAGCAAUGUUGGGGAACAUUUGCGGUGUUCUGGAUACUCGGGAUCGUCUGCCAGUGGAGGCUUUGGAAGACUGCUUGAAGCAAGUGGUUUCCUCUCUAGAAUCAUUCUGUUUUUUGAAAAUAGUCAUGAUGUUAGGAUCAAAGUGCUGCGAGAAACUUUUGAAAAUGGCUCCACUGAACACCUACAACCAAGAGGAUCUUGUUCGAUUGGUUAACUUUAUUAUAACGUCUAUCAGCCCAAGAGUCAAACUGAUUGAUAGCCAUUAUCUUGCUGAUAAGGCAACAUGCCCGUUGUGGAAUGUUCUUAACAACCGUGAAGUGUUAUUAAAUACUCCAUACAUUGAUUUGAAUCAAAUCUGCCGUCUCAACAUUUCGAUGCUUGAGAAGAUAUCAGAUCAACGAGGAUUUAUCACUUCACCAUGUUAUAUAACCAUCUUUGAUAUCAUCAAAGAUCGUAUAAAUACAAAUUUGGAAAUGUUCCAAUCGGUACAAAAAAGAAUCAUUGUGAAUCACAUUUCACAAACUCGCAACUACCUCGUUGUCUGGGAGCUCCAGGAGGACAUAGGUGCAGCAGACCGGCUUAUUCAAUUCAUUGAUAUCAAUUUUUAA